GAAAAUGUUUUUUGAGGAUUCCCUAUGUCAUUUAUCUGACAUUUGAUUGCAUCUGUACUUAAGUUAAAAUUACCAAAUUUGGUUUUGAAAAUUAUUUCUCAGUCUGUAUUCUAAUGCUUGUCACUGUCUCUAAUUUAGAUCUAAUACGGUACAUCAACGAAACUAACAUGAACGUUGAACAUCUGGCUAAUGUUCUUUCUGAAAAAACUAGGAGCAGUAACUGGGUGGUGGUGUUCAAAGCCCUGGUUACUGUACAUCACCUCAUGGUGCAUGGAAAUGAGCGUUUCAUUAAACAUCUUUCAUCUCGGAGCACUUUGUUCACUUUACAUAAUUUCCUGGAUAAAAGUGUCAUAGAAGGCUAUACUAUGUCAGCCUUCAUCAGACGAUACAGCAAGUACUUGAAUGAAAAGUCACUCGCAUAUAGAAUGAUCUUAUCUGACAUCACAAAAACCAAGAGAGGGAUAGAUGGUGUGAUAAGAACUAUGAAUACCGAGGAGCUUCUAAACACACUUACAGUUAUUCAAACCCAGUUUAAUGCUCUUCUUAGUUUUAAUGCAAAUCCUGAUGAACUAACUAAUGGUAUAAUACAUGCUGCUUUUAUGCUCCUCUUUAAAGAUUCUCUUCGUCUGUUUGCAGCUUACAAUGACGGGAUCCUUAAUCUGCUAGGCAAAUAUUUUCACAUGAGGAAGAACCAAUGCAGGGAAAGUUUGGAUAUUUAUAUCAAGUUCCUUCAAGGACGAACCAAAUUGAUACAGUUUCUGAACGUUGCAGAGCAAGUUGGAAUUGACCGGUGCAACAUUCCGUAUAUUACUCAGGCACCUCACAGUUUACUUGAAGCACUAAAACAGCAUUUAGCUUCUUUGGAAGAGAAAAAUGAUACUCUAUCUCCUUACUGGGGAGGUGGAGCAAGAUGGCCAUGUAGGAACAGCUCAGGAUUGCAGCUGCCAGUGAAAGUGCAGCGGAUAAAGAUGAACAAGAAGAUCAAGAACAUAACCCUGCAGCAUAUCACCAGAAACCUCCCAACAGAGGUCACAACUCCAUUGGGAGCUCCUUCUCUAAUGGUACCUCAACCCAUGAUUCAUAUCCAGCAAGGCCUAAGGACCAGUACUCCUUCCACUCCAUCCGCAGAAGAUCAAACGCAGUCCAAGUACAGGUACCAAAGCAAAAAGAUUCAUAUUCAGAAGUGAAUAAAAAGAUGAUCUUUCAACAGGCUGAACUGAAUCCUGCACAUCUUCCAAGGAAAGUAAACAUUUAGUUGGACAUUCGAUACUCUUGAAAUUAUUUAAUUCGAUGUUUGGAGGUUAUGUGCUGUAUUUUUUUUUUUUUUUUUUUGAGACAGAGUUUUGCUUGUGUUACCCAGGCUGGAGUGCAAUGGCGCGAUCUCGGCUCACCGCAACCUCUGCCUCCUGGGUACAGGCAAUUCUCCUGCCUUAGCCUCCUGAGUAGCUGGGAUUACAGGCACAGACCACCACGCCCAGCUAAUUUUUUGUGUUUUUAGUAGAGACGGGGUUUCACCAUGUUGACCGGGAUGGUCUCGAUCUCUUGACCUCGUGAUCCACCCACCUCAGCCUCCCAAAGUGCUGGGAUUACAGGCGUGAGCCACCGCACCCGGCCCCAUGUGCUGUAUUUUUUUUUAUUUUAAUCGUUAAUAAUUCACCUAACCCACUCUAGUCUUCCAACCACAACCCCUUCCCUAACAAGUCCCUACAACCAUGUGUGUCAGCUCGGUGCAGUGGCUGCACCUCACUUUGGGAGGUUGAGAUGGGAGGAGGAUGACUUGAAGCUAGGAGUUUGGGCCAGCCUGGGCAACAUAGUGAGGCCCCAUCUCUACAAAAUUACAAAAUAAGAAAAUUAGUUGGAAUGGUGGCAUGCACCCAUACUCCUAGCUACUUGGGAGACUGAGGCAAGAGGACAGCUUGAGCCCAGGAGAUUGAGGCUGCAGUGAGCUACGAUUGCAUCAUUGCACUCCAGCCUGGGUUACAGAGAGAGACCUUGUCUCCAAAAAAAAAGCACACAUAGGUCAUGUGUCAUAUAGGCCCAGUUCUGGGACCUCUGAGUGCCCUCAGUAACCACAUUACAAGCCUUACUUCAUACCAGGUGUUCUUCAGUUGAUUGGACCCUUAAGAGCCUGCUUCAGAUCUAGUCAUGAGUCUCAUCUAAUCCAGAGCUAGGUCCCUAGGUAAAAGCUCAGGAACUCAUCCCUUGAAGACUGCCAUGGAAUGACAAUUCACUUCCCUCCUGUCCUCAUAGAGAGUCUAGCGGCAUUAUGUUGCUGACAUGGAUUUCCUGAGCGGACUCUCCAGACUUCCAGCAUGUAAUUGCUGUAGCUGCUCUCUGAGCAACAGCAAGAGCAAUGGUUGCCCAUGAUUCCUUGUCUUGGGCAGGGAGUGUGAUGCCUGAGUAAUAUAAGCUCACCUUGGCCUGGGAAAUUUCAUCAAAUAUUCUGGUCUCUGCUGGCUUGGCUUUCUUGAAACUGUUAGGUGCCCACACAUUGUUAUUUUUUAGCCAUCAUCUGUAUCACAAGUAAACAGAAACUACAAUAUGUGAAAGGAGAUGAAUUUUUUAGAGAUUAGCAAUUCCAAAACCCUCUUUACGAAGAGGAGAUGGAGGCCCUAAAAGAGAGGACUUCCAAGGUUUCGUGGCUCCAAAUCCAGAAUUUUUUCCCCCAUGUUCCAUGUUCCAUGUUCCAUGCUCCACAACUGAUGUGUGGGCAAAGGCAGGUCUUCCAUGCAAGGUGGAGUCCCACCACACUUAGUGUCUCUGGCACUUAGCAUUGACUGCCUUGGCCAGCUAGGUAGUUUUUCAUGUGAGUAUCUCAGUCUCUUAAUUAAUUAUCUUCAGUUAUACACUGUGUUGGAUUCUUGUAGUGUAACUUAUCUUCACUACCUAAAUGUUGAGCACAUUGUACAUGCUCCACAAACAUUUGUUGCUUGAUUGAUUCACACAGUCAAUAAAUAAUGAUCAAGCUGCUAUGUAUCAGGCUCUGUGUGAGGCUCAGAGAAGCAAAGACAAGAGAAACAAGUCCCUACCCUUAAGAAUUUAUGGGCUGAUGGAGGCACUUUUCUUUGGUACUGACAUCAGACAUUUUGGAGUCAAGUUGACAUGAAUUGCUCACAUUUUAGGGCUUUCAUAUCUCAGGCAUUUCAGCAUAUCCACAAAUAGCAGGCCCAGCGAGCUGAGCAAUAUCAUGGGGCUCCAAUGUUUUAGGAGUUACUCCUGAGCCAGACUGCAUGCUCUCUCUUAUCUGUAUAUGUGAAGAAUAACCCUUCUUCCUCCCCAGGAGGCAGUGAGGGAUUUAAGACAGAUGUCUGUCUUAGGGAUCCUGCAGAUCCCCAUGGUAUCAGCAGACUGGGAGAUUUCUCCCCAUCAUGGGGUCAUUCUCAUGACAUGCGGCGCAUGUCCCAAACCCCUGCAUUUCUUAUUCUGUGCCAUAUCCAGGCCUUUCAAUUAUCAGGAGAGUAGCUAAAAUUUAUUGAGGGCUUACGAGGUACUAGGCACAGGAUCAAGUAUAUUAUCUGUGUAAUUCCAUUCAAUCUACUUAAUAAUAUGUGCCCAAAGCCAUAUUGUUAUGGUUAUUUUACAACUGAGAAAACUGAGACGGUGUUAAAGUAACUAACCUAAUAUCCCAUAGCCAAUAAAUAAUCAAGCUUGACUGCAAAGCACAUGCGCUAGAACCAUUGUGCCGGAAUGCACCAUCUCCCAGUUAUCAUCCAGGGAACCCUGUGACUGGGAAUUUACCAUGGCUUAUACCGAGUGUCUUUAUAUAGCCCAAGGACUCAUGCCCAAAGGAGAUCCAGGAACAAUGAAGCAGAGUUCGAGCCUUUUUACAUCCAUGCUUUUUAUUGUGUUUGGUGGGAAAGGAAAAACUUGGGUGGACAUAGGGGCAGAGGGAUUUGGAGGGUGUAAUUACCCACCUAGGGGCCCAAGAUCAGAUUUUCUAAGUUGAGAAUCACAUAGAGAAGGAACCUGGAGACUCCAGUGGGAUCUAGAGACAACCAUGGGAUGCUAAAUUAGUACUAGUGCCCUGAUGACUCACCAGAGGUCAUAGUCAAAAUGUAUUAGCUCUAGAAGUGAGUCUGCAGAUCCUCUAGUCCAAACCUCACAUUUCACAUGUGAGGACACUGAGCGAGAUAGGUGAAGACACUUGUCUAAUGAGGCACAGCCUGUUAAUGACAGGGUUAAACUAGAACCCAAGUUCUAGAGCCUAUUACAUACUGGCAAGACUAGGAAUGAUUUCUGGAAAUAAAGCAGGGUAAUGUCUGGCAGUCCCCAGGGCCAUCAUUCUGGCAGAUCAGGUGGUGGGGUAGGGGUUGCAGAAGGGUUAGUUUCCUGGGACACAGGAUCUCUCCACAUCACCUUACUUAAGUAACAUCAGUCCCAGGAAAAAGGAAAUCACAUUACCACAUUUUACCUGGUCUAGGAAAAUCCUACCUUGUAUUCUUUUGUAUAAACAGAACAAAAACACUGAAGAUACAAUAACAAUACACAGCGAGGACACAACCAGCACUCGGCAACUCAGGGUAGUUGGCAUGUUUGGAAAUAGAAGACACAUGUAUUUGGACUCACUAGGAAAUAGCCCCAAGAGGCUGGGCAGGCUUAGUGUGCAGGGGCACUAUCACAAUUGAGUGCCCUCCAGGGGAGUUCCAAAGCUUCCAGGGCAAACUGCACUUUCUGCUCUCAGAAGUCAGGAUUAGAAACUGAAUCAGAAGAUUGAGCAGAGGCUGUCUCAGAACAUCCUGAAAUGCUUGGCCUCUCUCUGAAGGCUUUGCGCUCUUUCCCAGUGGGCUUCCUGGGAGAAAAUGACCCCAGUGACCAGGCUUGGGGAAAAAAGAGACACAUUAACCUCAGGAUUGGCAGCUCUUAGUGAUUUCAGAGGCUUGUGGAGAUUGGGACAGAACCUGUUACCUGCACAGACCUUCCAGGCAAAGACGGAGUUAGAGUAGUUGUUGUGGGUUCUGGCUGUACAAAUUUAAGUCAGCUCUUGGUCCCCUGAGGUCUGGAAGUUGCUAAGGAUAUUACCCUCUUCUUCCAGGGGACUCCAGUUGUAUGUCCCAUCAUUUUCUUCCUUCUCUGCAGAGCAUAUCAGUGUGACAUUUGCAGGUACUCUUCAUUAAAGUUAUAAACUCUGGCUUCCCAAAAUAUGAGCCAGUGGUGCACUAGAGCUGGCUUGUACCAGCUUGUGAGAACCAAUUGUUAAAUUUCUAGAAAUUCUGCAAGAUGGUUGUUAAACACAGCUGUCAUUCAAAAUUAAAUUAUAAAAGUUUACAAUUUUGCUUAUAGCCAUUACUGGAAAUAGUGAAAAAAAAAAGUUUACAAUUAAAUACAUUCUUUUAAAAACAAAGGUAAUAAAUAUUUAUAAUUUAUAAUCUAAUUAUUUUUUGACAUUUGAGUGUUACCUAUACUCUUAAGAUUAUUUACAACCAUUGUAUCUGUGUGCUACUGGGCAUGUUUUCCCAACUCCAUGUAGAUUGAAAUCACCCACUGUGGGAGUAUCUACACCACAGAAGUUGGCAGAUGCGACAAACUAGGGCUUGAUCUUUUUGACACUCUGGACUCAAAGCAAUGUAGAAAAUGUUACUAAUACAGAUUCAGCUUAAAAGUGAGUUGUGUCUGUGGCCAUUAUUGUGAAUAGCACCAAAAAACGAGGCAAUAUUUUUCUGGUGUUUGAAAAGCAUUAUCCAAUUCAGCAAAUAAGUCACUUACAUUGUUAAUGAAUGAUCCAUGUACCAAUAUAAAAAUAAUUGUUGAAUUAUUUUUUUAUUAUUACUUAAGGUAAAUGAAAUUAUCAACCAACAUUCAUGUCAGAACUACACUAGUUCUAUUGCAACUACAGGUUGUCUAGGGAGAUAUGUAUUUGGCAAAAAUUAAAAGCAUCCUCUCAGAAUUGGUUAUAUGGAAUCUAUAAUAAAGAGUACCGUAUAUUUUAUCACUUAUGAAAUUGUGUGCUAUACAUCUUUUAUAUUAAUACAAUUUAUAAUAAAUGUGUAACUCCUUUCUAUAAUCAGUUGAACAUUU